AUGGCGCGUCUGGAGGUAGUUGAUGAGCCCUUUGCCGGUCUUGCACUUUCCUUUGGCAGCUCCCGUCUGCAAGAAGGCAUCGACCAUCGCCUAUUCUUGGAUGCUGACGUGAUUGCAUACAAUCUCUGCUGGUGUGGCUUAGAUAGCUGUUUGUUAGAAGACUAUGUUGUUCCACUUGGCAGCCUGCAAGUGGACGGACCACGUGCAAACCAAGAAGUGAGUUGUUCAGUUGGACAACUGUGUUCAUUGAGGAACAUCCAGUCUGUGCGUGCUCAUGCAGGUGACAGGGUCAUGGUCUUGACUGCCUGUGGCACUGGAUUCUCUGUACCAGGCUUCUCGGGCAGCGGUAUUGCGGAACUUAACACCGAUGAUUCCGACGAUGCGUUUUUUGAGUUUCUGGACAGCUCCAACACCUUGCAGAUCUUGCAGUCUCCGGUUGGGAUUUUCCGGCUUUGUUUCUGCCGGCCUAAACCCGAGCCGGAUUCGGAGGCAUGUGAGACGCCCACCAGCUUCGCAGCGCCCGUGGGCCUCAUGGUGGUGAAGGGACCCUUCGAUCAGACCACGGCUUGUAGCGCAGGGCAGCCUUGUGCACUCUCGUUGACAGGCAUGGCGUUGACGCAUCAAGACAAGUUGCUCCUGACACCUCAUGCCUGUGAUUCACCUGAAGUCACUGAUCUCAGCCUAGCCGUUGGCCUGCCUGGCUACGACGCACUCCAACAGCCACUGAGCCUGGAAGAAGUUGGCAGGCGUUUGGAAGCCUCCCUUGGAAAGCUUCCUCUGGAGACCCGGCCCGGUGUCUACCACGCAUGCUGGUGCGGAGCAGGCUCAGCCUGCACCUCAUCAUCUUCCUUCCGUGCCGCAGCGGGCACGCUGAGUGUGAACUGCCCUGGGGGUUAUUUCUACGCUGCAGAACACAGUCCAUGCCGCCUGUGCGGCCGAGGGUUCUACUGCCCCGGCGGCAGCCGAAGCGUCGCCGCCAGAGUGCCAUGCCCAGACGGCGAGACCACCCUCUCCGCCAACUCGUCCUCGCGCGGCGACUGCGUCUGCGCGCGUGGCCAUCAGUUCUCUUCUGGCACAUGCGUUGUCUGCGAGAGAGGGUUCUACAAAGCUGAUGAAGGUAGUUCGGCAUGCUCGCCCUGCCCUGCAAACUUCACAACGUACCUGGUGGGUUCCAUCUCCAACUCCUCUUGCAUCACACUUGAAGCUCUAUCAGCUGAAAUAGCUGCCCCCGAUGAGACUGUAUCAAGCAUUGCCACGGUCGCCUUCGAUCUGUCUCUUCGGAUUGUUUCGGGUGAUGUGAGUGAUCUGUCAGACAGCGAAUUGCGCAUGCAGUUGAUCUCAACACUUCGUCGGAGCAUCUCCACGUCAACUCGGAUGCCCGCUGAGGCCAUCGAUGUCACCUUGGCGGCUUCAGCUGCACGGCGUCUGUCUCAGAUCAGCUUCAUCAGCAUCGCCCUGAAGUACCCCUCCCAGUUGCUUGCAAGUCAGUCAGCGGAGGAGCUGGAGGUGGACACGAUUCUCGAUGGUGUCGGCGUCGACUUGCAGUCCAACUUGGGCUUAGCAGGCUUAGCAUUCGAGGUGGAAGCGAUCUCACAGCUUACUGUGUCCUCGUCGAACGUCACUUGUCCACCGAACGAAGUCAAACCACCAGGAGCUACUGUGUUGCAGGCCAGCGAUUGCAUAUGCAGGCCCGGCUAUGGUUACGAUGCUGCUUUUCAGGGCCUGGAAGGGGCUUGUAUUCCCUGCGCCUUGGGAGAGUAUAAGCCAACCGUAGGUGACAGUGCCUGUGUCAAGUGCGACCCAUUGAAAUCCACUCUCUUGCCUGGCGCCUCGUCGCCGAAUCAGUGCAAGUGUCAGGCAGGGCUGUAUGACGAGGCUGGCCAGUGUGGACCUUGCGAGGUUGGCAGCUUCUGCGAUGGAUCCGGAGUCGCAAAGGCCUGCAAAGCAAACUCCACCACGACAGCCGCAGGAUCGCGCUCAAGUCAGGACUGCAUCUGCGAGCUUGGGCACCAGUACAAGGCCUCAGACGAAUCGUGCGAACCAUGUCCGAGAGCAUUCUACAAGGCCAACCUUGGGAACGCUUUCUGCUCAUCCAAGUGCCCUGCCAAUGCAGACAGCAACCCCAGUGCGUCCUCACUAGCCGAUUGUUUCUGUAUAGCUGCUCACCAUGCCAUCCUAGACGGUAGCGGCAACCUAGACCGCUGUGCCUCCUGUGGUUUUUACAACGGCUUGGAAUGCCCGGGCGGCUUCGAGCAGGGACUCCACGCCCAGCCCCGGGCAGAGGAGGGCUUCUUCCGCACUGGGCCAACAAAUGCAGUGAGGUGCUUGGCCCGCCAGGCGAAUGGAUCAAGCGUCUGCCGGGGGGGCAUCCGGGGUUUUCCCAACGAGUGCGCCGAAGGAUCAGCCGGCCACCUGUGCGGCGAAUGCCCGGAGUCCUUUGCACGUGGAAGGUACCUCGAGCCUUGUGAACCCUGCUUCGGACACAGCUCUGCCCUGCUGGGCCUUAGCAUCUUGGCAGAAUUGGCAAGGAUGACCGUGUUGAACUUUGGUAUGGCCUGGAUUUCAGCACGCGCAGCUGGAACGACCUUGGUCUUGCAUUCAAUUAUGAUUCGACUUGUCUUGCAUUGGAGACACUCCUGCUCGAUCCUUGAGGGAUUUGAAUUGCAACACUUAGUGGCUUUUCCUUGGUCACAGAGACCGGCCAAUGACAUGAGCAACUGUGCUGGUGCUCAGUGCCAACUUCUCAACUUCCCCUUUCCCCCCGAGGUGGCAGACCUGAUGAGCGGCUUGUUUUCGCUGAUGAACAUCAUUCCCUCUGUCAAUGUGGAGUAUGCCGUGGCAUGUGAGGCCGACGCAUGGUUUCCAGGGAAUGCAGGAGCCAAAAGACUUGUGCCAGCUGUAUAUCACUUGUGCCUUCCUUUGCUUUCGGCUAUCGCCACCCUGCUUUUCUGCGCUGCUUUGGCGUACAUUGUUGUCCCCGUGGGCAGCAAGUGCGGGAUUUUCUUCAACGACGCCGCCCGCAAGCGGCAGAGGUGCAGAUCCCUUGCAGAACGUCUCGCGGCGGUCAUCAAGGCAGAAGCUUCUGCUGGCCAUUCACGGCUUUCAGACUACCUGCGCUCGAUAUCUGCAGAAAGUCUGGAAGAAGAGUACUGGGAGGUUCCAUACGAAGUCAUUGCCGGAAGCAUCACAGACUCGCAGCUGCAAGCAGCUGCGAAUGGCAACCUGAACGACCAGGUGCUGCAGCGCCUUGUCGCUGGAACCCUAGCAUGGAAGCUGCGAGGACACUUCGAGGAAGAGGCGAAGAUGCAAGGCCUGCCGGUGAUCGAUGUUGCCGUGGUUGUGGCCGGCAUUACUCAAUCCAGCCUGGAGCUCCGGGCUACACUCGAAGAUGCCGACGCAUGUAAUGCGCUGAUGCAAGAGGUGUGCCAAAAGUUGAAGCGUGAGCCAACUCCAAGCAAAGAUGCGACAGAGCUUGACUUUGCAUUCUUCACUCAACGUCCGGGGCCCUGCCAGCUGCUACAUCAAAGUAUGCCAGCGAUCUGGUUGACGCAGAUGGCGCUUUGGCCGAGUUUACUGUCCAAGCUCCUGCAACACAUCCGCUGCUCACCAAUGGUCGAAGAACGCGCCGGGGAGGUGGUCUAUGUGCAGCGCCUGCUCCCGCAUCCGGAUGUGGUGUGUUGGGAAGCAGACCACCGUGCCUUGGCUGCCGUUGCUGUUGCCGGACUGGCCGCCUGGUGUAUUGGUCUUCCUUUCGGGCUCUUCCUCAAGAUCUGGAGGCUUCAAGACCGACAGGAUCCCAACAGCUACAGGAAGUACGGAUUCUUUUUUCAAGGGCUCGAGCCGCAGUACUGGUACUGGGACCUCAUCGUCAAGAGGGUGGACCUGUUGCUGAUGCUGCUUGUCGCAAACACCUCACUGGCGGACGAUGACAAUGCCAAGCUGGUACUCUUUCCGUUGAUCUCAGGUUUGCUUCUCGGUGUGACCACAUGGGUGAAGCCCUACACGAACAGCCAGUCUGAGAUCUUGGAUCUUAUGGAGUUUAUCCUGCUGACAACCCGCUUCGUCCUGUUCUCUACCCUUGCCUCGCUUCUGAUUUUCUUUCCAUCUGCAGAAGCUGUUUGGGUUUGGGCCGUCUCCCUGUUGGCGAUGCUUGUUCUGACAGUCCUGUACUCGUCCUUGCACAUCAUGGUGCAGGUGGUGCGGAAUGCUGCGUCUCAGAUCCUACAGGAGCACGAGGGUAAGCAAGUCCAUCAGGAGGAGUUCCAGCUACGUAGCACCUUCAGACCCAACGUCUUUGACAGAGUUGUCGGUGCUGCCCAGAAGCUCAGGGAGACCUUGCUGCUGUUCAUCCUCCCCUUCUUCCAGCCCAACGAGCGUCUACUCUAUACGUGGUCCUUGUACAUGCAGCACCCGAAAAUGAUCACGACAGGUGAAUUGUCCCUUCGUCGCAGUUGUCUGGCAAAAGUGCUGCGAUUAGACCUUGCAACACAGCAGGACGCCGCCAGGAAAUCAUAUCAUGAGUUUGUGGACACUUGGGGGUCUCAUUUUGAAGGGCGGGAGGUUUUGAACUUCGAUAUUCUGUGUGCUCUCACUGCGUCAGCUCGGACGCUGCCUGCGACAAUCUCCAAUUCUAAGCUGGGCGGCGUGUGGAUUAAGGAGCUCAAGGGUCUGUCAAGCAAGAGUGCCGACGAGUGGAGGCUGUCAGUCGAUGACCUCCAAACUACAGUGCAACGGUUUGGAGCACUUCCGAGCAACAGUGCCCGCGAGUUGAUGAGCUAUGCCCAGGACCUGGUCGAAACUGCGCUACAGGUUCAGUUGGAUCAAGGCUUCUGCUCGGCAGACGAUCUCUCGCCAUUGCACGAGGGCUCCGAGGACCCUGGCACCUCAAAGUUAUCAAAGCCUCCUGAGGAUCCUGAGUCUGAGUCUCAAAGCAUGUCCAUGGUCGUGAAGUUGCCCUCAGAGGAAUCGUUCGUGGAGAUGUAA